AUGCCUACGCCAACCUUGUCCGGCACGACCAUCAUCAACCUCGGCCCGUUGACAUCAUGGACCGCGCCGGCAUCGUGCGCCACCACGGCCCCGCCGGUCGCCCUCGCGUUGGCCGCGGUGGAGAGCGUGGUGUACCUGUCCCAGACGUGCGACGUCAACGGCCCCGUGGUCAACGACUGCUUCCCGUCGGCCAGCGCCGUCAACUCGCUGUACCACGCCAGGAAGGGCGGGCCGGAGCGCUUCAACUAUCUGGUCCACCACUCCCCAGCCUACGAGUGCCCCUCGGGCUGGGCCACCGUCGCCUACGGCGUGCGCGAUGAGGCCUCGUCGCACUCCCUCAGCGGCAUCUUCGCGGACCCGACGGUCACCCGCACCAACAGGUUGAUCUACCCGACCAGUGUGUCGACCGAGGUCACGACCAUCACCCAGGGGAUGCCCAUCUUCGAGCCGCCGCAGAACCUCUUCAUGUCGGCCCUGGAGCCCUCGGAGACCGUCAUCCUGUGUUGCCCAAGGUCAGUCGCCGUCGUCUCCGUCGUCUUUGUCUUCGUCUUCGUCUUCGUCUUCGUCUUCGUCUUCGUCUUCGUCUUCGUCUUCGUCUUCGUCUUCGUCUUCGUCUUCGUCUUCGUCUUCGUCUUCGUCUUCGUCUUCGUCUUCAUCGGCUUGGUCGGCGGCAACUGCUACUCGCCCGUCCCCAGAGAGGCCUACCCGGCCACCACCGGCUGCCAGAUCAAGUAUGUAAACGAGGAGACCAUCCUGAUGUCCCCGGUCGAGAGGACGUUCACGUACCACGGGCGGGUGGUCACGGGCAGCGCCUGGUCGGUGGGGGACGAGUCGGUGGAGUACGUCGGGACGACGAUGGUUGUAGACGAGAGCGCCCGCACGCUCUACGAAGCCAUCUUGUACACGCCAGCGAUCACGAUGGUGAACAGGGGAUCUGCCGCCGCCACCGCCGAGACGUCGCCGGUCGUGACUGCGUCGGCCACGCCGGCCUCGACGGCAACGGGGCCGGCACCAUGGCCUAGCACCGGGUCAGGAAGCAGGACGGCACCGUCGGCGAAGGGCGCGACGCUGGCUGUUUGGGGGGUUGCCCUGCUGGCUGGCGUGGCGCUCAUGGCCCCUGUUUGA